AUGACAUCAGCUGCUAAUGAGCGAAACAUUACGUUCGUUAUGGAAGAGACACCCAGUAGUGAUGCCAUCCAGGCUGAAUGCCAGUCAAGAGCUAUGGCUUUUCGGGAUGAUCUACAACGUAUAAGAGCAAUAGCUAUAGUUUCAGUGCUACUUUUUCAUUUCUAUCCAGGAUUAUUCCCAAAUGGCUACAUUGGCGUAGACCAGUAA